CUGGCCUUUGGCAGUGCCUGCGGCUGAGGCUUCUGAGCUGCGACAGAUAGCCGGGAGCGUUCUCGGGUAGCCGGGAGCGACUUUUUCCACGCCUCAUUCUGCUUGAGACCCAGUCGGUGGUUGCGCCACGGGCUCCCCAGCCGCGAGGCCUGGCUGCCGCUGGGGAGACAGAGACCCGACUGGACACGCGCGACCGGAGUUCCCAGGGCCAGACCCGGGGUCUGACGGCAGAAGCAGGAGGGAAGAGUCCUGCCUGGAGCGGGCACCGCAGGCCCGCAGAGCGCGACUGGGGCUCAGAGGACUGCUGGGAGGCGGUGGCGCGAGGUGGCGUCCAAAUGCUGGAGGAAGGAGAGCCGCCUUCCCCAGACCCUGGCCUUCCACCCGAGGAAACCACGGGACAUGAAGGCAUGGCAGCUGGUCUCCUCUCAGCUGGGACCCACGGAUCCAUGCCCUUCAGCAGUGUGACUGUAGCUUUUACCCAGGAUGGGUGGAGGCACUUGAUCCCUGCUCCUAGGGACAGGUUCAAGGAGGGGAUCCCAGAAAACACCAGGAACUUGGUCCUGCUGGGACUUCCAGUUUCCCAGCCUGGCAUGAACUCCCAGUUGGAACAAAGGGAAGAAGGCCCAUGGAUGCUGGAGGGAGGAGGCUUGAGGAGCACCUGUCCUGACUGGAAGAUUAUGUCUGAAUCACCACCCGAGCAAGACAUUUCUGAAAAUUCAUUCCAAGACACAAGUAGAGAGAUGCCCCCUGGGGAGUCAGACCCCAGGAACAGUGAACUGGGGAAGAGCUGCAACCUGAGACCAGUCCUUUCUCCACAACAGAGGGUUCCUACAGAAGUGAGGCCCCGGAAAUGGGAAGCACAUACGAAGAGCUUCAGGAAGAAUUCAGAUAGAAUGAAGCCUCACAGAGCCAAGCCAUAUACGUGCAGCGAAUGCGGCAAAGCCUUCAGUUACUGCUCUUCCCUGUCUCAGCACCAGAAGAGUCACACCGGGGAGAAACCCUAUGAGUGUAAUGAGUGUGGGAAGGCUUUCAGCCAGAGCUCAUCUCUCAUUCAGCACCAGAGGAUUCACACCGGGGAGAAGCCUUACAAAUGCAACCAAUGUGGAAGGGCCUUCAGCCAGAAUGCCAACCUCACAAAACACCAGCGAACCCACACUGGAGAAAAGCCCUACAGAUGCAGCGCGUGCGAGAAGGCCUUCAGUGACUGCUCAGCCCUCGUCCAGCAUCAGAGAAUCCACACGGGAGAGAAGCCCUACGAGUGCAGCGACUGCGGAAAGGCCUUCCGCCACAGUGCGAACCUCACCAACCACCAGAGGACGCACACAGGGGAGAAGCCGUACGAGUGCAGGGAGUGCGGGAAGGCCUUCAGUUACUGUGCCGCGUUCAUUCAGCAUCAGAGAAUCCACACGGGGGAGAAACCCUACAAGUGUGGCGCGUGCGGGAAGGCCUUCAGCCAGAGUGCAAACCUCACAAACCACCAGAGGACUCACACGGGAGAGAAACCCUACAAGUGCAGCGAGUGUGGGAAGGCCUUCAGCCAAAGUACAAACCUCAUAAUCCACCAGAAGACCCACACCGGGGAGAAGCCCUAUAAAUGUAACGAGUGUGGGAAGUUUUUCAGCGAGAGCUCAGCCCUUAUUCGACAUCACAUCAUUCACACAGGAGAAAAACCCUAUGAGUGCAAUGAGUGUGGGAAGGCGUUUAACCAGAGCUCCUCCCUAAGUCAGCAUCAGAGAAUUCACACUGGUGUGAAACCCUAUGAAUGUGCUGAGUGCGGAAAGGCCUUCCGGUGUAGUUCAGCUUUCAUUAGACACCAGAGACUCCAUGCUGGGGAGUGAGCAGAAAGUGGGUGGGGACCCGACAGGCAUAGCAGGUAGCUUGAAAACCUCUGGAGACGAGGACUUCCAUAGCCUGUAGCUCAGAGCCACAUGCAAAAGCACCUUUAAUAAAUAGUCCCUAUUUUAUAGGUUGUA